UCAAUGCUUUGUUUUCUUUUUUGAAAACUUCAUUUUCAGAUUUCAUUGAUUCAAUUUUUUCCUGUAAAACUUUAUUUGCGUUGCGUAAUUGGUUGUUUUCGUCCAGGACAUUUUGUAGCUGAUUUUCUAAUUUGGCGAUUGUCCCAUUGUCUGAAACGUUUGUUUUUUGGCAAAUAUUCGUUUGAUUCGUAAACAUUGAAUUAAAAUUCAUGUUUUCGAUAUCACUAUCACCAACAUUAUCACCCACAAUUAAAUUGUUUAUGGUAUCAUUACUUGGAGUAAGAACACAACGGAUUGACGGAACAGCUGAAAAACAAAUGAUCGUAUUAGAACAUUAUUCGUUUGUAGAUCCUAGACAUUUAUUAUUGAACUAGUUAUAUAUACAUUUUCUGUCUUUCAUCUAAACUCUAUUGAGUACCUAUAAACUUGCACGCUUGGAAAACAUAAUUAAUUCUAAACCAAGAGUAAAAUACCAGAAUUAACACCUCUCAAAAAAUAUAAUUCUCAAUAUCAUUAUGAAACAACAAAGAAUAACUUUUAAGUUUAAUUUUGACUUUUGAUUUUGAUUUCCCUUUGAUCUUGUUUGUUAAUGUAUGCAGCAAUUGUAUGAAUUUAGUAUAGCCAUACUGCAUAAAUAGAAGAGUAUAAUAUUGUUGCGUGCAUUAUUUGACUCGUUUUUUAGCAUAAUUUAAUAUUUCAAAGUAAUUUUCACCAUCUAGCGUUUGUAUUUGUGUGCUUUUUGUUUUUCAUGAAUUGUAACUAGAUCCUCCUGACAAAGUAUUUAUGGUUGUUUAUAUGAAUAUAUGAGUUUAACCUAACAAAUUAUAAUAUUAAUUACACGUUUACACGAGAAUUGACCGUAUCUGUUAUGUAACGACAAACACGUUUAUAAAACUAAGAAACACAUUAAAUCGCCAAUUAUGAAUAAAUACUUACCAUUUGGGUAAAGUUUCGCCAAUCCUGUAUUGGUCCCGCUUCGAGAUAACAUUUGGUAAUCCUCUUCCCGAAAAUGAUUUGAACAAAUAACACCACAUUUCGGAGGUUGCCAAUUUGCAUCCCGUUCGCAAAAUUGUAUCCAUUUCACACGUAAAUCACCAUGCGUAGGAAAUUUAUGAAAUUUUACCGAAAUUCCUUGUCUCUUAACAGAGCCAGGGGUGUUUUUGCAACAUGCAACAGCACACGGGUUCGGCAUUCUGCUUUCUUUGUUUGCUAUUAAUAAUAACAAAGUAAUUCACAGAGUAAUUGCCCAAUCACAACAAAAUAAUGAAAAUACACUCGCUUUCUAUACUUUCGAAUGAUUUUAUCAGUGCAAAUAGCGCAGAAAAAUGAAAAAUAUGAAUUUUUGCUUCAAUCGCUAUCGAUUUUCACGUGGAAUUGCCUUGAUCAACGAUCUGAUUUGACAGCAAAAUGCGCGCUCCUUCGGGAACCCAUCCCAAUGCGCAUAUUGGUUGCAUUUUGGUCGGAUAGCGGUCGAACCAGUUUGUCAGCGUGUAAACAGCAGCCUGUUUAGAGUGUGUGGGGGUGUGGAGCGUCUCAGAGGGUUUUUAACCAAUAUUUAGAUCAAAGUGUAUUUUGCGUUUGAUGUUUAUGUUUUUGUUUUGAUUUUGUUUGCGCUGUAAAUUCGUCACAAAAUUAGUUGUUCUCGCAAAAAAUAACUAUUCGUCCAAAAUGUAUUCAAAAAAGAUACGAAAAUCGGGUGCGUUUUAUCGAACCCGCGAUAGAAGACGCGAAAUGUUUGACCAAAAGUGGCGAGAUGAGCAUGGAGAAACAAGCGGUGAAAACAUGCAAACAAGUGGUUCAGCCAACGAAACCAAUUAUCCAGACCUUACGGCAAAUGAAGACAACGAUGCUGUGGGAACUGUAGCCAGUAAUAUGGAUCCAGAGCAAUCUUAUUCAAGUAACGAUGAUUCUAACGUAGAGGAGGAGUUAGACAUAGAAGAAAGAAGUUUCGAAGACAAACUACGUAUUUGGGCACUUUUGACUAACCAAACUCAUCGGGCGUUAAACUCAUUAUUGAAAAUAUUACGUGAUGAACUAGACAGUACCGAUGUACCUAAGGAUGCUCGAACAUUAUUAAAAACCCCGACCAACAUUACAGCAGAUGAUUCAGCCCUGAAAGUAACAAAUAUUCAGGGAGGUCAACUUUGGUAUCAAGGCAUUGAUUGUUGUUUGCAGCAGCACUACAGUGAAGCAACGCCGAAUUUACAAACUUUAAAGCUAGAUUUCUUUAUGGAUGGAAUCCCACUCCAUAAGAGUGGGCCAACUGAGUUUUGGCCGAUACUCAUGAAAGUGUUUGGUGAAUCUAGUGAAGAUGUGCUGGUCGUUGCAGUAUAUUGUGGAGAUACGAAACCACAGUCCGUGGAGGAGUACCUAAGAACAUUUGUAAAUGAGCUGAACAACUUGCAGGAGAACGGCAUAAUGGUUAACGGCCGCAGAUAUGAAAUAAUGUUGCGAGCAAUCAUUGCAGAUACUCCGGCUCGUGUAUUUAUUAAAGGUGUCAAAUCAUUCAACUCGUCUAGUGGCUGUUUGAAAUGCACUGUAAAGGUCAUAAAAGAUCGGGAAACGAAACGAUCCUACUAUGAUGGAAUUAACGGACAGCCUCGAACAGAUGAGCUAUUCAAAGCGAAGCAUUAUAAAACUCACAUAAAAAAUGACACACCUCUUACCGAUCUGCAUAACUGUGAUAUAAUCAAAAGUAUAAUUAUUGCUGACGAUCUACAUCUAUUUCAUUACGGAGCUCUAAGAAAACUAUUGAAAGGUUUUACGCAGGGUAAUUUUGGAAAUGAGCCUAAGCUUACUUUCAAACAUCGUAAAGAGAUUUCUUCAUUUUUAUGAAUGCUAAAAUUACCAUGUGAGAUUCCUCGCAAAAUACGAGGCCUAAAUUCGUUAAAAAUAUGGAAAGCUUCUGAAUUUCAAAGCUUUCUUCUCUACGCUAGUGUGGAAGUUCUUAAAGUACGAAUAACUGACAGAGCUUAUAAUCAUUUUAUGUUACUGUUUUGUGCCGCAACUUUUUUUUUCAUCUGAAGUCUACGAAAAAUAUUGGGAAUAUGCAGGAAGACUCUUAGAUCUGUUUGUAGAAGAUUUUCCGGAAGUAUAUGAUAAAACGCUUUUAUCUAGUAAUAUACAUAACCUGCAUCAUGUGUAUGAAGAUGUUCGUGAAUUUGGACCUUUGCCUACAGUAUCAUCUUACAUUUAUGAAGGUCAUCUACAAAACAUGAAACGAGUUACGCGCAGUAAAAAAAUGUUUAGAACAAAUAAGAAAUAGAAUCAAGGAACUAUGUUAUUUAAAUUCAGCAAAGACAAACACAAACUCAAAAUUUUAUUUUAUCAAGAUGAAAGGCAAUAAUACCGUGAUGCAUAUAAAAAGCAACUUUAUACUCAGAAAUGAUCAGAGAAACCAAUGGUUUACGACGAAAGAUAAUUCUAUUUUUCUAUAUAGUUCAGCGAUAGAAACUUCCACGGGCAUACUGAUUCAAGCAAAAAAAGUUGAUUCUAAAAGUAUUAGUUUCUCCCAACCAUGCCCUUCAUCCUAUUUAAAUAUUUAUGAUCUAAAUAUGGUAGAUCUUUGUAAUGUUUUUAUUACAAUCCCCGUUUCGGAUGUAAAAUGCAAACUAGCUGCCAUACCAAAAACAAUGACUAACAUAAUGGAUAACAUCUCAUAUAAGUUUAUUCCUGUAUAUAAUACAUUUUUGAACACAUGAAACCUUAAAAUUAUGUAAAUUCCUGCUUGACGAUUUUCAUUUGUUAAUUUACCAAAAAAUAAAAGAUGCGGAUAACGUGAAAAAAUAUGUUUUGUCAAUUCAUUUAAUUUAUUAUAAAUUCUGUUCAUCACAUAAUUCAAGCUGU